AUGGAACGCAUUUAUCUUCUUCUCCUUCUUUUUCUGCCCAGGAUACGAUCCUAUGAUGUUCGAUCAGUCACCACAUCCUGGGGCAUGGUGAGAGGUGAAGUGGUUAGCCCCGAAGGAGAUGAUCUACCGCCAGUAGCACAGUAUCUAGGCAUUCCGUAUGGCGUGGCUCCUACUGGACAGUAUCGUUUCAACAUGGCCAUAUCUGCCGCCAAAUGGACACAUAUGCCAAAGGACGCGCGCAAAGUUUCUCCAGUCUGCAUUCAAACUGACAUGCCGGAAUUAAGUGAAACAAAACGUUUCAGAGCAUUCAAACAUACUUCUGCACAGCGUUUUGACUUUAAUCAUCGACUGCUUCCGCAUCUCAAGAAACAAUCGGAAGACUGUCUCUACAUGAAUAUCUACGUUCCGGAGAGAUUAGAAAUCUCCAGGGACAACUACUUACCGGUAAUGGUAAUUGUACACGGAGAAGAGUAUGGAUGGGGUACGGGCAACGCAUUUAAUGGUACCACGUUGGCUGCUUACGGUCAUAUUAUUGUAGUCACAUUGAACUAUAGACUGGGUGUUUUCGGGUUUUUGGGACGAUGUGAAUCAUCGUCUUGCUCUGGUAAUAGUGGAAUUUCGGAUCUGGUAUCGGCUUUGACAAUGCUCAAUGUUAUUUUGCCUUCAUUUGGUGGAGACUCUAAAUCGGUCACUCUUGCUGGUUGGGGUUCUGGCGCUUCUCUGGUUUCUCUUCUUAUGGCUUCCCCAUUAACACAACCUGGCAGACGUCUAUUCCGACGAGCAAUUCUUCUGGACGGAAGCGCUUUAUCGCCCUGGGCAAUCUCUCAGAAUCCUCAACAGUACUUUAUGCAGCUUGCCGAGGAACUUGCGUGUGCUCCAAAAAACAGAACAUCAUCUUUCAACGACAAUGUGGACACCAUUGUCCGAUGUAUGCAAGUACACUCAUCGGAAAACAUCACAAAAGCGGUUCUCAAAAUCGAUGUUCCCACGUUUUUGUCGGGAUUCGCGCCGAUUGUUGAUGGACAGCUCAUACCAAAUAAACCGCAAGUAUCAUUCUCCACCCAAUACGGAUCACUCUUCCGAGAAAUUGAUUUGCUAGUAGGAAUCAGCUCGAAUCCAUCCCACCACAUGAUUUCCAAUGAGGAUCUGAAAGUAGGCAUCUCCAAAGAAAAGCGGAUGAGAAUCUUUCGGUCGUUGGUACGAAAUUUGUAUGAUUUCCACAGGGAAGAAAUUCUUGCGUCAAUCAUCAAUGAGUAUACAGAUUGGGAAAAUCCCAGGGACCACCCGAAAUCAAUUCGAAAUGGAGUUCUGAAUGCUCUUAGCGACGUACUUUACACCGCACCUCUCAUUGAAACAUUGCGAAGUCACAGCGCUGAUGAAGUUCGCAAAGAGGCAAAUACGUUCAUGUUUGCAUUUGCCCAUGAGACCCGGUCUUGGAGCCAAGAGCAACCAAACAGUGGAAUAAGGGGCUCUCUAUCUGGAGACAUUGUACCAUACAUUUUCGGAUACCCAUUAGCUCAAGGGGAUAGUGAGGAGAGGUUGUAUUCAGGAUUUAACACUGACGAUAAAGGCAUUUCAAAAGUUAUGAUGCAUUAUGUAUCAAACUUUGUAAAAUCGGGAGAUCCAUCAAAGCCAAAUCCAAUGUCCAAAAACUUCCCAAUGGGGGACGUGUUUCAUUCAACAGCCUGGCCACAAUUUGACCAACCAAAUAGAGAAGCUUAUUUGGAAAUUACUGAUCGCCCUCGAGUCAAAAACUACUAUCGGAAUGCUCAAGUAGGAUUUUGGAAUAACUUUAUCCCGCAAUUGCACAAGAAUGGAAAGGAAACAGAGCCUGUUGGAGAAGAGCAUCAUUUGCUGUCAGAUCAUUUCCGAAAAGACUCUUACUUUGGAAAAACCCGUCAUUUUUCUUCAUAUGCGAAUCUUCCGUUCCCGCCACCACCAAUGCCCCCAUCACCACCACCAGAGCUUACAACAAAGCCCAAACCAAGUGAAUCGCCCACAACUCUCCAAACAACAACUGAAAGUGAAAAGGCCGCCGCUGGAAGUUUUACUGGAAAAGCUCUCGGUGGCGUUAUUUUCAUCGGUUGUGGAUUCCUCAUUAUGAACGUUUGCCUAUUAAUUGCUGUUCGUAGAGAAUGGGGAAAGAAGCGGCGGAACGAGAAGAAGUUUCAACUGCAGUAUCAGACUUAUAACUCCAACCAUGGCGGCGGCGCGGAACAAUACAACAGCUUAAACUCGCCGUUAUCCCUCAUGCCACCACCUCCGCCACCGCUCAAUGGUGUUCACGACGACAUUUUCGAUCAUCGGGUGCCGCAUCUUCGGAACGGAUCCACGGUUCACGGCACGCUUCCGAGGCAUUCAUUUCAGGAACAGGCACGUGUAUAAUGCAUUAUCCUCUCACCCUGUUUGAAAAUCUUUUUUCAAGUUAUAUUUUUCUCUCGCUUUUUGGUAUAGAUUUUUUCCAAUUUUUGAAGUUGAAGUUUCCAAAUGGUCGUAGAACGAAUUUGUUAGAAAAUUGUGAAUUAAUAAUAAUUAACUUUCGAAAUAUGGCAAUUUUAACAGCUCAAAAGUAAGAAAAUAAUGUAGUUUAAACUUAAUUAUGAUAUAACUUGCCAAAUGUAAUUUUGCAUUUUCUGACUUUAAACUGAUAACUUAUUAGAUUUUUAAGCAUUCAUUGGGCCCAAUCAAAGAUUUGAAAAAUUUUACAGUGUUUAAAUAAAUUUCUCGAAAUGAGUUGACUCAAUUUAGUAGAAAACAUAAUCGAUUGAAAUACAAAACAAGCGAAUCUAUUCUAAAAGCACUUUCCUUUUUUUAAAUACCUUUCUUUUAAAGUUCAUAUUUCAAUAUUCAAAUA